AUUCCAUCUCCCCAACAACAAAAAUCACUCAAAAUUCUCUUCCUUCCAAAGAAAAACUAAAUCUUUCUUUCUCCAACUGAGAUAUGGCAUCUUACAAGGUUAGAAAAUCAUGUUCAUUCGCAAAUCUUCUCCUUUCAUGUCUAAAUUUCACUCUCUUCAUCCUCUCAGCAUCCUCCCUAGCCCCAAUAAUCCUCCUUAAAUGGCCUCCAACUUCAUUCGGCUAUGCAUUUCUAACAGUCUCCUCUCUUUCACUUCUAUCUUCCUUCCUGGGUUUCUAUUCCCAUCUCACCAGUUUCUGUUUCGUAACCCACAUUUCUCUCCUCAUUGCUUCAUCUGCCGGCCAGCUUCUUGGCAUAUUAUCCCUUUUCACCAAAGAAAAAUCGAGUCUUUCAUUACUCAAAUCACCCAGAGACCCAAGAGAAGCGAAAUUGCUUGUGAGACUUGAAUGUGGCGUUUUGGUGGCUGCAUUUGGAUUGCAAGUUAUUGUCUUGAUGUUGAGUUGCAUUGUGCAGAGUUGUUGGGUUAGAGAGUAUGAAGGGUUGGAAGCUGAUAGAGAGGCGACUGAGUUGAAGAGGAGCCGUAGGAUUGCUAGGGUUCAGGCGGAGUCAGUUGAGAGUGUGGCCAAGAUGGCCGAGAUUAAGAAUAGGGAGCUUGAUGAGAAGAUGAAGGUUAAGUAUGGGAAGAAUUGGGUGAAGAAUGAAUUUGAAGCAUAGAAAUUACAACUAGUUUAUGUGUUUUAUGGUAUUUGUAGUAGUAGUCACUGCUUUUGUGGCCUUUGAUGAAUCUUUGGUUUUGUUUUGUGUGAUUCUUGUUGGUUGAUGAUCAUCAUUUCAUAUAAGUUUGUUAAUUCAAUUUUUAAAGAUUGUUUUCA